GCGCCCCCGCCCCCGCCGCCGCCGCCCCGCGAGCCCGCGGCGCGCCGCCCCCGCCGCCCCGCCCCGCCGGCGCCCCCGCCCCGCCCGACGCCGCCGCCCGCGCCCCGCCCCCCCGCCCCGCCGCCCGCCCCGGCGGCCGCCGCCCCGCCGCGCGCCCCGCCCCGCCGCGCGCCGCCCCCGCCCCGCCCCCCGGCCGCCGCCCCCCCCGCGCCGGCGCCCCCGCCCGCGCCGCCCGCCCGCCCGGGGCGGCCCCCGCUCCGCGGGCCCCCCCCCCGGGCCCCCCCCCCCGCCCCCCCGGGCCCCCCCCCCCCCGCCCCGCCCCCCCCCCCCCCCCCCGCGGCCCGCGGCGGCCGCGCCCCCGCGGCCCGCGGCCGCCGGGCCCCGCGGCCCCCGCCCGCCGCCCCGCGCGCGCCCGCCGCCCGCGCCCCCCCGCCGCGCGGCGCCGCGCCCGCGCCGCGCCCCGCGCCGCCGCGCCCCGCCGCCGGGGCGCGCGGCCCGCCGCGACGCGCGCGGCGCGCGCUCGCGGCGCGCGCGCGCGCGCGCUCGCGCGCGCGCGCGCGCGCGCGCGCGGGCGGGCGGCGAGCGGGCCGCGCGCGGCGCGUAGCUCGCGGAACGUCGGCGCGCGCGGCGCGCGGGCCUCGUGGCGCGGCGCGCGGCCGCGGGCGCGCGCGCGCGCGCGCGCGCGCCCGC